AUGAACUUGUUGGCGAUCGUGCUCUUCCAUUCCGGCAUGGUGGCCAUGAUCAUGCCGCGCACACUGGAAAAUGAGAACGCUCGCUACAACCAGGAGGGGUUUGGCGGAAAGCUGGUGUACUGCAACGUGUUCCGACCGCCUCGGCGCGGCACGCUGCUCUCCGUGCUGAUCGGCUCCGGUGUUCAGGUGCUCUCGAUGACGCUCAUCACACUCGUGUUCGAGUGCCUGGGCCUCCUGUCGCCGGUCAACCGCGGCUCGCUGAAGACCUGUGGCCUCGUGCUGUGCAUCUGCCUGUGUACGCCCCCCGGCUACGUGUCCACCCGAAUCUACAAGUCGGGAAGAACUAGAACUUGGUCGAUGGUGCUCCCACUGAGCCCUCGCCUGCCGCCCGUCCGCGGGAUCGUCUCCAGGAUCACGCUGCUGCUGAACUACGUGCCGUGGGCGUACGGCUUGCCGGCAGCGCUGCCAUUCCGCACCAUACUGUCGCUGAUCGGGUUCUGGUUUGGCGUGUCCGUGCCGCCCACUUUCGUUGGCACCUACUUCGCCUUCAAGAAGCACGUGCUGGAGCACCCGUGCAUCCUGUGGCCGGUGAAGUUGUCGAGUACCUUCCCGUACAUGCGCCUGCUCUUGGAGGCCAUCGUGGACAAGCACAUGCGGGUCACCAUCACUGGUCCGUCGGAGCACUCCGGCGUGGCACGCCCAAAUGUGCACCGCGAACAUCGGCCGGAAGAUAGUCGAGAAAGCCUGGCGGACAGCCGCACCCGGUCGCGCGUGGCGCAGCUGUGGUCGCGCGUGGCGCAAGGCCUCUCCACUCUCACCGCUGGGAAGGACCCCUCCCAACGUUCACAGCUGGGUGCAGUACCGAUCGGAGCGAUCCCCCGCCACCGCGGACAGCCGUGCUUUGGCGCCAGGGGAAAGCCGGAGCCGUGA